UACAAAUAAAACAAAAAUCGAUUAAAAUGACCAAAGCUUCCCCCAAAAAUAAGUCGAUAGAAGAAAGCAAGCUCAAAGUCCCCCCUGAAAAAACAGCAGCGAAGGAGGCAGUUCUCGUAUUUUGGCGGUUACAGUUGCGACCUUUCCUCUAUACUAUGGUUGAAGAAGAUUGUGAACCAGAGCAACCCAGUUCGCCCAAUGUUACGGAUGACCCGACCAACCAAGAGGAACCUUACCAGUGGCCCGUCAUUCGCUUCGAUGUCCCUCCGCACAGAACCCAUCACUUCUUCCACCAGUUCAGAACUGGUCCAGACCCUAAUAACUUCCUCAAGAGCGUCAAAUGGUCCCCAGACGGUUCGUGUUUUCUAACUAACUCUGAGGACAAUACUUUCCGAAUCUUUAUGUUACCAGAAAAUGGGAAUGAUUAUCUUGAUGCCUCUUCUGUAACUGAUGACGGGGAUUCGUAUGCUGCAAACCUUGUUCUGAAUGAAGGAGAGUCUGUGUAUGACUUUUGUUGGUACCCCUACAUGUCUGUUUCAGACCCAGUUACCAAUGUUUUUGCCAGUACGAGUCGCGAUCAUCCUAUUCAUCUUUGGGAUGCUUCUUCCGGAGAGCUCCGUUGUACGUAUCGCGCUUAUGAUGCUAUGGAUGAAAUAACAGCUGCUUUUUCUAUUGCUUUCAAUCCCCUUGGAACAAAGAUAUUUGCUGGAUACAAUAAAUCUGUUAGGGUGUUUGAUUUACAUCGCCCUGGUAGAGAAUUUAAACAGUUUUCAACACUUCAAGGGAACAAAGAGGGCCAAACAGGCAUAUUAUCUGCAAUGGCCUUCUGUCCAACUCAUACUGGAAUGUUAGCUAUCGGUUCUUACAGCCAGACCACUGGAAUAUAUAGAGAAGAUAAUAUGGAACUCUUAUAUGUAUUGCACGGCCAAGAAGGUGGGGUUACACAUGUUCAAUUUUCUAAAGAUGGAAAUUAUCUAUAUACUGGAGGACGUAAGGAUCCUUAUAUCAUGUGCUGGGAUAUGCGCAAAACUGUUGAUGUUGUGUACAAGCUAUAUAGAUCAUCAGAAUACACCAACCAGCGGAUAUCAUUUGAUAUUGAACCACAAGGCCAGCAUCUUGGUACAGGUGGUCAGGAUGGUUCUGUUCAUAUAUAUGAUCUUAAAACUGGGCAAUGGGUAUCAAGCUUCCAAGCUGCAUUAGAUACUGUCAAUGGCUUCUCCUUUCAUCCAUUUUUGCCGAUGGCUGCCUCUUCAUCAGGGCACCGUAGGUUUGUUGUUCCUGGUGAUGGCGAGGAUGGUGAUGGCGAGGAGGAUUUGCAUUUGGGUGGCGAAGAAAAUUGUGCUUCUGUAUGGAGUUUUUCUUUCGAGUCACCAGUGGGGGGUGAUGUUAACAUAGAUGACUUAAAGAGUGGGUCGGAACAUGAGAAUCUUCAUCAAAAUUCCUGAGUAAACAAACGUGUAUGUUGCUCUUCUCCUGAUUUGGCGAAAAUUGAGAAAAGAGCUGAUUUUGUCAUAUUGUUGUAUAGUGGUUCGACUGCUAAAACAAAAAAAAAAAAAAAUCAUUAGCUUAUUAAGAGUUCUUUUUUUUAAAAAAAAAAAGAGAAAAAAUCUAUGUUUUGUCAGUUCAACUGCUAUUAUUAAUCGGGCAUUGCUAUAGGACAUUCAUGUGGUCCAAUAAUACUUUACAUUGAUUGGUGCAAUUUAGUAUCGAGUUUUACUUAUUAUAUUUUAAAUUAAAAUAUAUAAAAUCUGAUACUAAAUUGCACUAAUAAUAAUAUAUUAUUAUGUCAUGUGGUGUUGGACAUUAUCAAUGCCCCUUCCCAAAAGUUUAUGCUUGUGCACUCAUAUUUGUUGUGCUUAUUAUAUUAUGAUGUUAUUGUUUUAGCUUAUUUA